AUGUACGAAUUACUAAGAGCAAUCAAGGAUAAAUACAGAAUAUAUUUAAUGACAUUAGUGGAUUAGGAUAACAAGGAGAUAGGGGCUUACAAAAAAGCUAGGGAAAUUCUAUAGAAGCUUAUUGAUGAGGGUAUUAUUCAAGAGCAGAGAUCAAUGUACUGCACAACUAAAACUGGACAAAUAGCUUAGAUCAGGCAAUUAGGCUCAGAGCUGCAUAUCGAGAGUGACAUAGAAGUUAUUGAAAAUUUGCAUCAGCAUCUCAGCAAAUUUCAUUUAAUAUACCCUUAGAAGUCUUAAUACGAUACUGGUCUACUCAAGAAAAUAGAGGAAUUUGUAAGAACAUCGACUAAGGUUAUGUUCUUCACCGAUAUCAAGAGUUACACUGAGAGGAUAAAGGCAGCCUUAAGCAAAUGA